CUAACUAUUUAUUCAAAUAUUUUUAUUCAAUUAUCUGAAUUAUAACCACAAAUGAAAAUGAGAUCACAAUUUGCAUUAAUCUGUUGUCUCAUCUUAUUAUUGUCUGACAAUAUAUCUUCUGAACAACAGAAGUCAACAAAAGAGUUGAUCACUGAAUCCAAUGAACAGAUAUACGACAUCAAUGUCAUCAUUACUGUUCCAAUUGUGGUCACAAUUGUCCUGUUGGUGGUCGUGCUCUUGUGUUGCUUAAUGUUUAGUCUUAGAGACUCACGCGAAGGACAGCUCCCGGUGAUUGUGGCCAACACUAAUCGUUCAGAGACAACAUCAGCGUCGAACAUACCGGCCGUCAGUUUGGAUCAGUCACAUACUGUCAGUCAGGGAUGUUCUGCUUGUUCGGGACCUAAUUCUGCUACUGGUAUCUGCAUCUGCCAUAAAGUCAAAGAGCAGUCAAAAUCUGGUCUACAAAACUCUGGCAACACUUCAACUUCGGGAUCAAUCCGGGCGUCAGUGUCCGACAGUGUCAGACCAAAAUGUGUCUCAAUUUCUGGCAGUUCUUUCAAAUCGACGAGUUUACAAAAGUCGAUGAAUACACAGAAGUCACCACUACCUCAACGCAGUACUUCCAUACAAACACUUUCACCAAUCAAGACCAAUAGCGUUGUCAAUAAUUGCGACGACGAUGACGAUGAUGACGAAGAAGAGAUCAACGACUUUGAGUUGAUUGAAAAGAAACCAAACCUUACUCCAAGACCGUCGCAGACAUUCGGAAACAUUUCGCCGAAAACUCAGAAGACUCCGAUCACUUCCAAGACACCGACCCUUAAGUCGAUUUAAU